AUGCCUCUCAACCUAUCAGAGGCCCCCACGGAGGAGUUUAGCCAAUCAGAGGCGCCCAGGGGCGGCCCCACCCCCGGCCUGGGCCCCUUCAUUCGCCUCAGCGGCCGGCAGGAGGCCCCGCCGACUCGGGGUUCGGCCUUGGGUGGAUAUGACAGGCAGCACCCCAGGCCUGAGCCACCCAACAAUGCUGGCCGCUGCCCUGACCGGCCUGGCUACAGGUUCGGCUCUUACCCACCCAGUGUUCUAAUAUCCUUCUAUAAUGCUGAAGAUGAGUCAAACAUUCUCUUACCCAAGCUGCCCACAUUACCAAAAAAUUAUAGCAGCACCUCAAAAAUAUUUAGUGAGGAGAAUUCUGAUGAAAUUAUUAAACGCUUGGGAGAUGUCAGAUUAAAUAUUCUUGUCCUUGGAGGAAGCUCUGGAUUUAUUCAGCUUUAUGCUUAUGGGAUGUUCAAAAUUGCUCGAGUCACAGGGAUUGCUGGCACUUGUCUUGCAUUGUGUCUAUCAAGUGAUUUGAAAUCAUUAUCAGUGGUCGCAGAGGUUUCCACUGGUGAUGCUUCAAAGGUUUCAUAUUUUCAGCUUGAAACCAAUGUGCUCUACUCCUUCUUACAUGAAGUAACUCGGAUGGCCAGGAAGUUUAUUCACAUUUCAGCUCUGUUGCAGUAUAUAAAUUUGUCACUGACAUGUAUGUGUGAAGCAUGGCAAGAAAUACUGAUGCAGAUGAAUUCUCGUCUCACUAAGUUUGUGCAGGAAAAGAACACAACCACAUCAGUACAGGAUGAAUUUAUGCACUUGCUGUUGUGGGGGAAGGCAAGUGUUGAACUUCAGCCCCUUUUGGUGAACCAGCUAACUGUAAAGGUGCUGUUAAAGUCAUCAUAUUCCAGUAUUCAGAAGUUGGUUAUAAGUCAUUUGCAGAGUGGCUCAGAGUCUUUAUUGUAUCAUUUGAGUGAACUGAAAGGAAUGGCUUCAUGGAAGCAAAAAUACAAACCCCUUGGACUGGAUGCUAUGGGAAUUGAAGGCAUAUGUCCAGUACAAAUUAUAGACAUUAGUAUAAAGAAUUUCAAGGCAUUUUUCUGGUGGCUUUAUGUGGCCAUGUUGAGAAUGACCGAAGACCAUGUGCUUCCUGAGCUGAAUAAGAUGACUCAGAAAGAUAUCACAUUUGUUACUGAAUUUCUUACUGAACAUUUCUAUGAGGAAAGAAAUGGCUAUUUUUACAAUUAAGCUCCAGACUUUUAUAAUCAAAAAAGAAAAUACUUUAAUGUUGAAAAAGUUGGUCAGUAUUUGAAAGAUGAAGAUGAUGGCCUUGUAUCACCCCCUAACAUGGAAGGAAACCAGUGGUAUGACUUCCUCCAAAACAGCAGCCAUCUUAAAGAAAGCCCUUUGCUGUUUCCUUAUUAUGCUCGAAAAUCAUUGCAUUUUGUGAAAAGGCAAAUGGAAACCAUUAUUGAUCAGUGUUUGCAAGUGACAGCAGAUGAAAUUGGAAAAUCAAUGAAUCAAGCCAUCUGUAUUCCGUUAUAUAGAGAUGCUAGAAGUGAGGACUCUGCACGCAGAUUGUUCACAUUUCCUUUUCUGUGGAAUAAUAAAAGUUCAAAUCUACAGUACCUUCUUUUUACUAUUUUAGAAGACUCACUGUAUAAAAUGUGUAUCUUAAGAUUAAGGCAUACUGAUAUUUCCCAAUCUGUAAGUAAUGGACUAAUUGCUGUGAAAUUUGGGAGCUUCACCUAUGCUACAACUGAAAAAGUCAGAAGAAGUUCCAGCAACUUCAGCUGUUUAGAUGCCCAGUUUUAUGAUGAUGAAACUGUAACAGUCAUUCUUAAAGACACCAUGGGACGUGAAGGAAGAGACAGACUCUUGGUCCAGUUGCCAUUGUCGUUUGUGUAUAAUAGUGAAGAUGCUGCAGAGUAUCAAUUCACUAGAACUUAUGCCACAAUGCUAGAUGAACAAAGCAGUGUUAUUUCCACAUGCACCCUGCACUUUGAGAAGCACUGGCAGUUACUGGAGAGCAUGAAAGCUCAGUACGUUGCUGGGAAUGUUUUUCACAAAGUGUCCUGUGUGUUAAGUUCAAGUCUCCAUCAUGUAAGAGUAUUUGAAAUGGACAUCGAUGAUGAAUGGGAGCUGGAUGUCUCAGAUGAAGAGAAGGAAGCCAGUGGUAAGCCUGUGACGAUCAAGGAGACAGAGGCCCACCACGCCUCUGCUGAUGCUCCAGCCCCAGAGAUAGUCGUCAAAGUGGAGAAGCUUGACCCUGAACUGGACUCAUAAUCCAACUUGCCAUUGUUUAUUACAUGUUACUGUGGCAGAAAGGACUUAGAAGAUGGACUGAGAUGUCUUGGGCUGUGCUUAAUUUUCUUUGUAUAACAAAAAAAUUAACUUUUUUCAUAUUUUGUAUCACCUUCUCUUAGUAGGAUGGCCAUUGUAAUACUUUCUCUUUGUUAGAAGUCUUUAAAAAUGUGUAAAGAAAACACAAAUGAAGAGGCCAGGUGUGGUGGCUCAUCCUGGUAAUCCUAGCUACUCAGGAGGUAGA